AUGUUCCACUUCCGUAUCUUAAGUUGCUCCGACCUUCCAAUUAAGGAUGCUAACGGUCUCAUCGAUUCUUACGUAGUCAUCGAGACUAAGGGCAAGGACCAGAAGCCAAGACCAGGUGGCAAGACAAAAGUUGUCAAGAAUAACUUGAAUCCAACAUACCCAGACCAAGUCUUCGACAUCCCAUCCGAUGACUGCUACACAAUCAAGUUCACAGUCAUGGACCAGGAUCCAUUUAGAGAUGAUAUGGCUUGCUGGAUCAAGAUCAAGGUCCCAUCUCUUUUCGCCAGACUCGGCGAGAAGAUCACAAAGGAGAUGGUUGUCAUCAACCCAGAGCACCAUCCAAACUGCCACCCAAUGAUCACCUUCAUGGUCGAACUUGAGGGCAACCUUGCUGAAGACUACCCAGAGCAGGCUCCACCACCACCACCACCAGAGCCAGCCAAGCCAAAGGUUGAACCAGUUACAUUCGAGCAGGUCAACGACGGCAACAAGUACUUCUUCAACAUCCUCAUCCUCAAGCCAGACGAGAAGAAGUACUGGUUCUCUGAGAACCAGAACCUCCCAGCCUUCGUCAAGAAGGAUGGCGACAAGUACACAGUCGAUGCCGAAGGCCAGGGCAACCUCAUCGUCGUUCCAGUUAUCAGAACACAGACAGCUUUCAAGAAGGCUAACCUCCAGGUCAAGGCUAACGAUGUCACACUCCAGCAGGAACUCAAGUACCGUGGCGAAUGGCUCAUGAACCAGGCUCUCCUUCUCCCAACAAAGGAAGUUAAGAAGUUCAAGCCAGUCCACCGUAACAACUGGGAAACAAACAAGUGGAUCGCUUCCCUUCCAGAAGAACUUGCUCCAAAGGGCGACUACCAGGAAUUCUAA